UAAUAUAAAUCAUAAAAAUAACAUGUGUCUUACCAUAAUAUUGUUGUUCCGCUUCAAUCAUGUGUAGAUGACUUUCCUAAAAUAUAAAAUAAUAUUAUUUUCAAAUUACAACAGGAAGAAUCAAUUCAAAAUACUUAAUACGAAACUAUUUUUUUAACCACUUAUAAUUAUUUUUCUCUUCACAAUAUGUACAGAGUAAUAACGGAUGCAGAUAAUAACGUCAUACGGCCUGAAAAUCCGAGAAAAAAUGCAAAUGUAUUUGAAGUUAUUACAUUUAGCUGGAUGUUGAACCUAUUUAAGAUAGGACAAACAAGGGAUUUAGAAGAAGAUGAUUUAUAUACGGCAUUAGACGACCACAGUUCGUCAUUGUUGGGAAACGAACUAGAAAAAAAAUGGAGAUUAGAACUUGUGAAUGCACAUAAGACAAAUCGAAAUCCUUGUCUAUUGAGAAUUUUGAUUGGGAUAUUUGGAUAUAAAUUUAUGUUUUAUGGAUUUAUACUCUUUAUUGACAGAGUUAUUGUGAGACCAACUCAACCUUUGUUAAUUGGUGGAAUAUUAUCAUAUUUCAACUCAAAUAGUUCUGAAAAAGCAAAAUUAGAGUAUGCAUUAAUUUGUGCAUUUGGUCUAACACUUAGCAUGUUUACUUCAAUCAUUUUAUAUCAUUCGUCACAAAUUGAAAUCUUACAUUGUGGGAUGAAAAUUCGAGUUGCUUGCUGUUCGGUUAUAUAUAGAAAGUCAUUACGCCUAAGUCACAAAGCUAUUGGAAAUACUACAGUCGGUCGAAUGAUUAAUUUGUUAUCAAAUGAUGUAAGUCGAUUCGAUACAUCAGUUACAUUUCUCCAUUACAUAUGGAUUAGUCCACUUCUAACAAUUGUGGUCACGUAUUUUUUGUGGCUGGAAAUUGGUAUAUCUUCGYUACUAGCCAUAGUUUUACUAUGUUUUAUUAUUUUGUUUCAAGCUACGUUAGGGAAAAAACUUGGCGAACAACGAAAGAAGUUGGCUAAAAUAACUGAUGAAAGAAUUCGUUAUAUGAAUGAAAUAAUUUCUGGCAUAAAAGUAAUCAAGAUGUACACUUGGGAAAUACCUUUUGGAGAACUAAUUAAAUAUAUAAGAAAAACGGAAACUCAACAUAUACAAAUAGCAAUGUAUAUCAAGAAUAUUAUGAUGUCUGUAUCAUUACUUCAAUCAAGACUUCAAUUAUUUUUUGGUAUUAUGUCUUACGUAUUUCUAGGAAAUUAUAUCUCAGCACAAAAAGUUUUUAUCAUCUAUACUUUGUACUGUAUAACAAUCCAACCUACGAGUGCUUUUUGUCAAAGUAUAUCGGAAAUAAUCGAAUUACAAGUUUCAAUCAAACGCAUGCAGGAUUUUUUACUACAAGAAGAAAAGGAUAAUCAAUCACAAAAUAAAUCAAAAUCUACUGAAUCAAUAAAUAAUACUUUAAACAAUUUAACAAAGUGCAUUGCUAAUGAUAAUGGCGUUUUAAGACAAAAUACUGGACUUAAAAAUACUCAUGGCAUAGUAUUAUCAAAAGCAACUGCUAAGUGGACAGAUAUUCAGACAAGUAACACUCUAGAAAACAUUAAUCUGACUGUGCCAUCGGGUCAAUUGGUCGGUAUAAUUGGUCCCGUGGGUGCUGGAAAAAGUUCAUUAUUCCAAGCUAUUCUACGUGAAUUACCACUUUCCAAAGGCUCUAUAGACAUUUAUGGUGAAAUUUCUUAUGCAUCCCAAGAACCAUGGGUAUUUUCUGGCUCUAUAAAACAGAAUAUCGUUUUCAAUUCACCAAUUGAUGAAUAUCGUUAUAAACAAGUUAUUAAAGUAUGUGCAUUGAAAAGUGAUUUCGAACAGUUUCCAUAUGGUGAUAAAACAAUUGUGGGAGAAAGAGGAGUUACCCUAAGCGGAGGACAAAAAUCAAGAAUAAAUUUAGCUCGAGCCAUCUAUAAACAAGCUGAUAUUUAUUUAUUGGACGAUCCUCUUUCGGCUGUGGAUCCACUCGUUAGCAGUCAUUUAUUUGAAAAGUGCAUUAAAGAUUUCCUUAUUGAAAAAACUUGUGUUUUAAUUACACAUCAAAUACAGUACUUGGAUAAAGUGGAUCAAAUUGUUCACAUAGACAAUGCAAAUAUAAUAGUGAAACGCACUUAUGAAGAACUUCAAACCACUGAUUUAAACUUUCUGAAAAAUCUUCAGUCUYCAACCAAACCCGAUAAUCAAUCUAUAUUUAUUAAUAAUUAUGGUGAUUUCAACGUCAGCAAAAGAUCUAUAUGUGAUCGAAAAACAUCUGCAACGAGUAACGUGUCAUUAUUGUGUGAUAGUAAAGAAAACACUAAUCAAGAAGAGCAAGAGAAAAUAGUUGAAAUUCGAUCUUCGGGAAAUAUUUCAUGGGACACCUAUUUGUCAUACUUUUUAAAUGGCGGAAAGAUAUGCAAAUUAUUAUGUUUAAUAUUUUCGUGUAUUUUGUUUCAAGCAGCAUCAUCUUGCGGAGAUUUAUGGAUUACAUAUUGGGUUAAUCUAGAGGAAUCAGUAUUUCUUAAUGACUCUUUGCCAAUAUCAACGACCAAAAACUCAAUCAACACAAUUUUUCAAUGGACAAUUAAUCGAGAAGCCUGUAUUUAUGUUUUCGUUGCUAUUAUUGUCAUCAUAAUAAUAGCACUCAAUCUUAAAAUAUUUGCUUUUGUAGUAGUGUGUAUUAAAGUUUCCAAGAAUUUGCACGACAAUAUGUUAAGCGCUUUGAUUAGAGCUGAAAUAAAUUUCUUUAAUGCAAAUUUAUCAGGCUCUAUUCUUAACCGUUUUUCUAAGGACAUAGGUAUUAUAGAUGAGAAAUUGCCACAAACCAUGAGCGAAUGUAUACUUUUGGUAUUGCAUUGUUUGGCAGUUUUUGUCAUUGUUGUGUAUAUAAACAUUUACCUAAUAUUACCAACCAUCAUCUUAACUUUUGUCUUUUACAAGAUAACAGUUUUCUAUUUAUCAUUGUCUAGAAGUGUAAAACGGUUAGAAGGAAUAACUCGUAGUCCUGUCUUUACACAUUUGAAUGCGAGUAUUCAAGGUCUAACAACUAUUAGAGCAUUUAAAGCGGAAAACAUUUUAUCAAAUGAAUUUGAUGUUCAUCAAGACUUACAUUCUUCAGCAUGGUAUUUAUUUUUAACAUCAAGCAGAGCAUUUGGAUUUUGGUUGGAUAUUAUUUGCUUUAUCUACACAUGUAUAGUCACAUUCAGUUUCAUUGCAAUGAGAAAUAGUACAUUUGGAGGAAAUGUUGGYCUUGCUAUAACACAAACUUAUGGAAUAGCUGGAGUUUUGCAAUGGGCGAUGAGACAAGUGGCUGAAUUAGAAAACCACAUGACAUCGGUUGAAAGGGUACUGGAAUUCACAAAUAUCCCCCAAGAAGGUUCUAAUGAACCGUGCACUGAUAUAAAACCACCAUUAGAAUGGCCUUCAAAUGGACAAGUGACAUUUAUAAAUUUUUGUUUACGAUAUGAACCGAAUUCACUACGCAUUAUAAAUAACCUUAAUUUAAACAUCGAACCAAUGCAAAAAAUAGGAGUUGUUGGUAGAACUGGCGCAGGAAAAUCAUCUUUAGUCGGUUCAUUAUUUAGAUUAGGUUUCCAUGAAGGUAAAAUCAUUAUUGAUGGUAUUGAAAUUCACCAAGUUGGUCUAUACGAGUUACGGUCUAAGCUCACCAUCAUUCCUCAACAACCAGUAUUUUUCUCAGGAACACUUCGAAAAAAUCUAGAUCCUUUAGAAGAAUACCCAGAUCAUAUUCUUUGGAAUGCAUUAGAAGAAGUCAAGCUUAAAGAUGUUGUUGAAAAUUUCCCUGAUGGUCUUAAUUCAAAAAUGUCUGAAGAUGGUUCAAACCUCAGUGUUGGUCAAAAACAAUUAGUAUGUCUUGCUAGGGCUAUAGUUCGAAAUACUAAAAUUAUUGUACUGGAUGAAGCCACUGCUAACGUUGAUCAACAAACAGAUUUAUUGAUUCAAAGGACUAUCAGGAGUAAAUUUCAAGCAUCUACUGUCUUGACAAUUGCUCAUCGGUUGAAUACUGUUAUUGAUUUAGACAAGGUGCUUGUUAUGGAUACAGGAACAGUAGUCGAAUUUGACCACCCACAUUAUUUAUUACAAAACAGAGAAGGCGCUUUUUAUAAAAUGGUAGAAGAAACAGGACAUGAUACUGCCGAUUUAUUACAUAGAUUAGCCGCAGAGARGUUUAGAACAAAAAGUUUAAAUGCUGAAACGUAAUCAAAAUUAUUCAUUGGGAACACAGAUCAAAUCUUCAAGAAAAACUCAUAGUAAAUAAACUAAUAUUAAUAUUAAUUAAUGGUCUGUAAUUUAAAUUAAAGAAAAUCGGAUUUGACGUGUCAUAAAAUAAUGUCAUUUAAACGUUUUUAUAAGAUACUAAUCAUAUUAUUAUGACUAUUGAUUGUAGAAUGUUCAAUCUUCUAUCACGUAUUUAA